AUGUCCACGUCAAGCAUAUUGGUCGUGGGCUUUGGUGGGAUAGGAGCGAUCACGGCCUACAAUCUGGAAGCCGGUGGACUGGCAACCGUCACAGCUGUCCUCCGGUCAAACUACACUAUAGUCCGUGAACAAGGAAUUAAAAUUGACUCCGUUGAUUACGGCAGUAUUAUCUCGUGGAGACCAACACACAGUGAGUUGUGGCUCAGAGCCAUUCGCCGAACAUACGCCUGCUUAUAUUCACAGUCUCCAGUCAGUCGAUUCGAUUUCAUCGUCGUUUGUACCAAGAAUACGCCCGAUAUUCCUCCUACUGUGGCCGACAUCAUUGCACCGGCUGUUACUCCGGGCCACACGGCUAUUGUGCUGAUCCAAAAUGGCAUAAAUGUCGAGAAGCCCAUAAUCGCCCAUUUCCCAUCUAACGUCGUUAUCUCUGGGGUUUCCCGCAUGAGUGUACUUGAACCGAGUCGCGGAGUUGUUCAUCAACCAGGCCACGACCACCUGAUAGUUGGGGCGUUCAGGAAUCAUGACCUACCCAUUGAGGAGGAGCGCGCUGCUGCAAUCAAAUUCUGCAGUCUUUAUCAGGCAUCUGGGAAAGCGACUGUCGAAUACGAGGAGGAUGUGGCAUUUAUUCGGUGGCGAAAGCUGGUCUAUAACGUGUCAUUCAAUUCGCUCUGCGCAAUCACAGGAAUGGAUUGCUCGAGCAUUAAGGUUGCAAGGUCACCCAUCACCGAGCUCAUAUUACCCGUGAUGCUCGAAAUCAAGAGUAUUGCUCGCGCGGCGGGAGUAAAGCUGGCGCCCGAUCAGGAGGAGAUUUCGCUGGCAGCUGAUCCCCUAGACCGGCACUUCAAACCGAGCAUGCAACAGGACAUUGAAAAGGGGAAUUUCAUGGAGAUUGAAACCAUUGUUGGGGAGCCAGUCCGUGAGGCACAAAGAUUAGGCGUGCCAGCUCCGACCUUGACCACCAUCUACGCCUUGCUGAGAGCUCUUCAGGAGAGGAUAAAACAGCAAAAGCGAAUGGGGGAUAUACCGCGAUCGUGA